AUGGACCAGGAAGAGGCUCCACCGCCUUACUCGGCCGUUGACCCGUUGCUGGCGCCUGCGAAUAGUCGCAAUAAUGGCAGCGGCUCGGCCCCUCUGCGUGGGAAUGUUUCAGCAUCUCAGGAUCCCAGUAGCUCGACCGCUAGCCAGUCCAGCACACCGUCGACCCCGGCUGUCGUGCCCACUCACUUCACCUCCGCGGUGACCUAUUUCGAGGAGCGACCACCAACGAGCUUGGACGAGAGCCGUGAUCUCUUGUAUCAUCAUAUGACGAUAUACCCGCGUAGCUCAGCCAAAGAUUUUCCUCGACGACCUCGAUGCUGGACUUCAAGUGUGGACGAUGUUGCCCAGCAGGACUGGGAUACCUUCCUGCGGUAUCUAUUUCCACCGCAAUUAGGCUUGGCUGCUGCCUCGCAGCACCUCCCCCGGCAGCUGCGCGCUGAGAUCCAGCGAGAUCGCAAGGAUCGACCGCAAGAAACAGAUGAGCAGCGACAAGCCCGGAUCGCCGCUGUGGUGGACGAAUGGAAUCAAUGCUUUUUUGAGCCACGCGCAGCUCGGAUCGACUUUGUGUAUGUUGGUGAAUCCGAUGCAGCGCCUUCGUCCGCGCUUUGCCCUCGGUGCUACCCAGCUGCCACCAGAGCAACACAAAGUCCCAGCGCUGCGGGGGUUCUGGAUAGCCAGCAUGCGACAAAUGCGAAUGCGCCGUCACCCUUAACAGGGCAGCAUGCACCGUCGCCAGCUGGCUGGCCGGUCCCUCCACACCAACUUUAUUCUUACCCACCGGUGCCGGGUCAUUUUGGACCAUAUGGAGCAAUUCCUCCAUUCCCGGGGCACGGUGCACUUCCCAACAAUCAACCUCCUCAAUACUAUCCCCCUCCACCACCACCGCCUCCGGGUGUUCCGCCCUGGCAAUGGAACAACUGGGCUUAUACUCAGCCACAAUUCGGAAAUUCCGGCACUCAGAAGACCGGCGGUGCGCUUGGAUGGAUCUCUUCGCUUACAUCACAGGCGCAAAAAUACGGAGAACGGUUUGCCGAACAGGCUCAGCAUUAUGGGGAUCAAAUCAGUUCACAUGCCAUGAAUUAUGGUCGACAGGUUGAGGAACAAGCGCUGGCGCAUGGACGAUGGAUUGAGGAGCAGGCCCGACUUCAUGGGAGCAAGCAAGGUGUACAGCCAUCUGCCCCGUACACUUACCAGGGGCCUUCAUGGAAUCCGAGCCAGACCACCGGCCCCACGCAGAGCACGCCAACACCUCCUCCAAACGACCCAAGCCCUCCCGCGCGGGCUGACAACGAAAACCAACCCUCAAAUCAAGCAUCAAACCAGACAAACCAAGACACAACCUUGAAUCAGAAUCGUGACCAGUCCGAGGGUCAAACCAAGGCCGGCAACAAAGACCCCCUCAUUGAUCGAUCCCGUCGUGCCUCCAUCAGCUCCAUUUCUUCCGAAUCUUCACUCAGCUCCAUUGACACUCUCUCGACAACUUCCGAUCUCAGCCCCUCAGAUCUAGCGACCGUUCGUACGCAGCUACAGAACUUACACGAUAGGCACGACCGCACAUUAUAUGAUGCGGCCGUCGACCUCCGUCGGCAGCUAGACGUCCUGCAAGAAUCUCGUCGCGAAGCGAGGGCGUCUGGCCGUCAGAAUUGGCGCAAUGGGCGGUUCCAGCAGCAGCCCAACAGUGCAGACAGUAGUGAUUGGGGUCGGUGGGAAUCGCCCGAACAACAGGAACGCCAAACAAAUGAGCGUCGCGCCAUGAAAGAAGAGAUGCGGGCUACCAAGCAAGCAUUCCGAGAUAUCGUGCGACGCGCACGCAAUGAACAGCGUGAUAGGAAGCGCGCGAAAUGGAAUCGUCGACGUAAGGCCCUAGCGAGUGCAGAGAACAAAGCGAAAGAUAAAACCUCGCUGGACGGCCGCAUGGGCAAUUUGGCACUUGGAGAUGGAGAUACCCCGAAUCCUCGUCCAGUCCGUUCUCAGACCGCACCUGUAUCCUCCCCAGGUCCCCAACGAAGUGUACCCGUGCGGUCCAAUGCAAGCUCGGAUCUUAGUGCGCAAGGAACAGCGAACCCACUGUCCACUGCGUCGCAGUCCAGUGUGAAUGAGGUCCCAUCUGAGCUUUCGGGUAGGAAGGCCAGGCCGCAGGAUCGCUUUAAAGAAAUGCUGAAGUCGCGGAGUGCGAAGAAGCAGCAGAAGUCCAACUCGGAUUCGAAAGAUGGAAAGGAUGCAAAGCAGGAUGGCAGUGGCAUUUAA